UCCUAGCUCGCAACAGUGACGUCAGCGCGCAGUGGCGGUGCAGUGACGCGCGGCGAUUGGGUGAGCGCGGAGCUGAACUGUGUUGUACAGUAAAAAAAAAAAAGACAAGACACCGACUACAAAAACAACAGCUGCGGCCGCGUAAGGCCAACCGAAGACACACUCGCACUUUCCGGACUCACACCAUAAACAUUUCGGAUGUCACGAUGGCUGCAAACUUCACUGUUUCCAGCGACAGCGAGUCAGAGCCAUCGGAGGAGGUAGAGGAAGGAGAAGACAACCGAUCGUCGCCCGAGAUGGCCGAGCAGCAAGUUCUUCAACGCCACGCUCUCACCUUACCUGAGCUCAGGAUGGGAGGCACCGGUAGAAUCAGGGUGAACUCAGAGUCGAACUCAGAGUCCUACUCAGAGCUCCAAGCAAGGGGAGAAGAAGAAGUCGGUACGCCUACUGAGGGAGCUCCGUUCAGGGGGCGGUCCAAGUCAGCUCCCCCCGCUUUGUGGGCAGCCAAGAAAUACGGCCGGCAGCUCAGAAGGAUGAGCGACGAGUUUGACAGCCUGCUAGACAAAGGGGCGAAGAGUCCCGGGCCAACCAAACCGAUGCACCACUCUAGAAGCUGGUGGAGCUACCUCUUUAGUCACCAAGAGACGGAGGGAGAGAACAACCAUCACGAUAACCACACACACCGCACUGAGUAGGCACGGAGAGAGGAAAUAAAAGAGGUUUGAGGAACGAGAAGAAUCUGUGGGAACGAGAAGAAAGCAACGGCGAAGCCAAGAGAACAAUUCCGAUGAAAGGUUGGUUCGAUCAAAAAAAAAAAAAAAGAA